AUGACCCUCCUCCCUGGCUUGGCUGAGCUGACCUUGGACCCCACGCACCGGCCAGAGGCCACCCCAGCCCCCAGCCUGGCGGAGCUGACCCUGGAGCCCGUGCACUGCCGGCCCGAGCUCCUGGACGCCUGCGCCGACCUCAUCAACGAGCAGUGGCCGCGCAGCCGCGCCUCCCGCCUGCAUUCCCUGGGCCAGUCCUCCGACAGCUUCCCCCUCUGCCUGAUGCUGCUGAGCCCCCACCCCGCGCCUGGGCACGCCCCCGUCGUGGUGGGGCACGCCCGCCUCUCACGGGUGCUGGACCGGCCCCAGAGCCUCUUCGUGGAGACGGUGGUGGUGGCCCGGGCCCUGAGGGGCCGUGGCUUUGGCCGCCGCCUCAUGGAGGGCCUGGAGGCCUUUGCUCAGGCCCGGGGCUUCCGCCGGCUGCACCUCAGCACCCGUGACCAGCUGCCCUUCUAUGCCCACCUGGGCUACCAGCUGGGGGAGCCGGUGCAGGGCCUGGUGUUCACCAGCCCACGGGUGCCUGCCGCUCUGCUCCGUGUCUUCUCCAACGCCCCGUGCCCCCGGCCGCCCUGCAAGGCCCCUGGCCCGGCUGCCCACGCUGCCCCCACAGCCUCCAAAGGGCCGUCGCUGCCGCCACCCCCUCCCCUGCCCGAGUCCCUGGCCGCCUCCCCGCCCGCUCCAGCGGGGCCCCCUCCGCAGAGCCCGCUGGAGACAGGGUACCGUGACCUGAGAGCGGGCCCCGUCUUUUGGAUGGAGAAGGACAUCUGA